GCGAAUUCCACUGGUCGAGCCGGAGCAAGUUUUCUUGCUCCGCGGUCUAGAAUCUGCGUUCCACUGGUCGAUUCGGAGCAAGUUCACGUUUUCCACUGGCAGAUUCGGAGCAACCCACUCCGCGACGGAGCGUUCCGCGUUGCUCCGUCUUGCAGAGGCGGAUUUCGCCGGAACUCCGGCAACGCGAUGCCGUCAUUUCCGGUACAGUCGGGCAACACGGUUGUCUUCAGCGCUUUUUGAGGCGGUGCCUGAUCACCCUGUGCACUUGUUUACAUUCCAAAAAUGGCGUCGUUCAACUCUGCUAGACGAGCUGCUGGUCUGCUUCUUGCGCUAAGCGAUAGCGAGAGCACAAGUUCGGACAGUAGCAGCAGCAGCAGCGAUGACGACGAGCCGUACGUGCUGUACGAAGAAAUGUUUAAAGAAAUGUUCCCUGUCCCGCCGUGCGCACGCCCAAAGAUCAUCGGCUACGUCGAGGAAGUUGUGCACGCGUACUCAGAGGAAGAGUUUCGCAGGAACUUCAGGGUUUCAAGGGCUGUCGCUGCCGACCUGUACAACGACUUUGGUGCCUCUCCGAUGUACCCUCGGUGUGACAAUGGGGGAUCACCUGCAAAAACAGCCGAGGAGCAUGUCCUAGCGUUCCUGUGGUAUGCUGCAAAUAAAGCCUGCAUCAGAGAUGUUGCCGGUCGCUUCGGGCUUGGUGAAACAACAGCCUUUAGAGUCAUUGAGCGUGUGAUGGACUACCUUGUGGAAUUAGCUAAGACCGUGAUAGCCUUCCCUGACGACUUGCAGGGCCUGUCCACGAAAUUUGAGCAGUUGUCUGGAGUACCUGGUGUCAUUGGAUGCAUUGAUGGCAGCUACAUAAGCAUUCGCUGUCCUGUCAACAAGGUCCGAUCAACGUACAUCAAUCGGCACAAUUACAUCUCAAUAACUCUACAGGGAGUCUGUGACCAUGAGAAAAGGUUUUUGGAUGUCACUGUUGGAAAUCCCAGCAAAAUUCAUGAUGCCAGGGUGUUUGAAAAUUCCCGUUUAGCAAAAAAGCUCCCUAAAGUUUGUGCCCCUGGAAAUUAUCAUGUCUUAGGUGACGCAGCGUAUCCCUUGCGGGAAUGCCUGUUGACCCCAUACAGAGAUUAUGGCAGUCUCACGGAUCAACAGAAAAAGUUUAAUGCAAGGUUCUCCGCAACAAGGGUGCGUAUUGAGAAUGCGUUUGCGGACCUAAAGGCUCGUUUCCGCCAGCUUCUGCAUCUAGACUUUUUCUUAGUUGAUAAGAUGAACAAGUUUAUGAUAUCAUGUGCUGUUUUGCACAACUUGUGCAUAACCGCAGGAGUUGGGGAUGUCCCUUCUGGCCUCGAUGAUGGCACUCCAAGUAGCCUGUGGGAAAAUUUUUCCCAAGAUGACGCUGCUAGCUGUGGGCCGCAAACAGCAAGCGAUAUAUUGCUGCGGAGAAAGGGAGAGCAAAAACGGGAGUGCGUUUUUCAGAAAAUGCAGCUGCAAUGUAUUGUCUAACAUACAGCCAGGUUUUUUGUAAGGGCAGUUAAAGGGACAUAAAAGGCAAAUAUUAAAGGGGCUGUCUACCGUCCUUCAUCGCUUUUCUGUUUUGUACCGAUAUAGAAAGCGUACCGUCUGAAGUGUCCAACCUUGCAGCGGUUUUUCUGGAAAGUGAGUAGAAAUUUUUGAAAACAGAAUUUUGCGAUCUGCAUUCGGUCUUCUUCCAUUGGCGUGAAACAUGCCCACAACACUGGUUGGUGGACGCGAUGACGAUUGUAGUGCCGGUAAAAAUUAAAACCGAAAGCACGUGGUUUUAGUAGGAUUACUUUAUUUUCGCUGUACACUAUUGUAAUGAAUGUAACAGUCGUUUUCAGCGGGCUAGCGGUUAAAUGAAGCCCUAUUAUGCUCGUUGCCGCCGAUGUGAUGAACAAUCUUCUCAUUUUCACCAUAAUCAGAAAAUUUUUUUCGAGCGGUAGACAGUCCCUUUAAGUCGACGUUGAUUGUUGAAAUAACGGUCCAGAAAUGUCGUAGUGCUGCUUUUGUGCCAAGGAAGUGUUUAUUUUGAAAUAAAAUCACGUUUUAGUGGUCCGCAUCGCGUUGGCGCACUUCAAAUCACCCAUCUGAAAGCAGCGUUUCUCACGUCACUGUUGCCGUGCCCAACGUUGCCCGCAUUUACUGCCGUUUUAGACGUUGUCAUACAUUGAGCUUUCACUCUGACAUAAAUUCUUAUUUGCUUUUAGUGUCCCUUUAAAGAAGGCAUUGAAAGCUCUCUAUUUUGAUCGUUUAUGUUCCUGAACAUUUAGUAAAUGCCCUGUCAACUGCUUGAAGAAUGCUGCUGUAUGUUUUACAUGCAAAUAAGUUGUACAGAAGAUGUGUGAAAUGAAACUUUUUACUUUGUAGUCUGCGUUUGUGCAGCGGAGGGUGGAAAGGAAGAACGAUUUAUUUGUUCUUAGCAUUCAAACCAAGUGUAGCUCAUAGGGGAUCAUUUUUUCUUGCCUCUUUUCGCUUUUUCACUUCUUCGCCUCUUCUUCCCGUUCUCUAGUAGCUUUUAUUCUGUGUUUUGGUUGCUCGCUAUCUUUCUGUCCAGUAGAUGUAGAAGGGCUCAGAGUCUCGGUGUUUCAGAGUGUUAAUUUGUUUUUGCUUAUGCUGUUGAUGUCUUUUGUGAGACCACACCAACAGAGCCUCUUACAAAAUCUGGUUCUGAACUGCUGGUGAGAAAUCACAUUUUUUCAAGCUCAUUUUCAUAUUCUGUAACUUGAAGAGAGUUCUCACAUUUGUUGUUCACAACACAAACUGUUCUUUUUGCGCACAGUUUUGUAGCAUGUGCAGCAUUGGUCUGCACACGCUAUGAGCUGCAACGCAUGUGCACUACUUAGCCCUAAAUUUUCACCUUCAAUGCGUAUUGUGCUUUAUUAAUUUAUUAUAUACAAAAGAAAGGGCGUCUUAAGUGUUGCCAAAAUUGUGUUAAUUUUGUGUGCUUUAGUUAUGUAUGUCAGUGAUGAACAGUGAAUGCAGGUAUUUCUUUAAAGGGCCCUGCAACCUUUAUUGAGCAUCGCUGGGAAAGGUUGCCAGUCUAUAGUCGAGACACCUAUGUAUGUGAUGUCAAGGAAUGCAAUGCCUACAAUAAACAUGCUUUUGAUAUUUUAUUCGUUCUUUUCCAAGCCAAAAACGUCACGGAGAAGGCUCAUCUUCUCGGCAUGCAUUUGCUCCCGCCGCUGUAUCUUGGCAAGGCGCCGUUCUUCCCUUUUGGCUUCUCUUUCAGCUUUG